AUGAGCCACGUCUUACUGUUCCUGUUCGCCACUGUGGCCCUGUGCUCCGUGGCGGACACACAACUUGUGCUCGGCAAACCGCCUAUCUUCCCAAAUGGAGUGGUAACCGAACAGAAAGUAGCCGUGGAAGGUGAGUUCUUUGUUGCAACGAUCGAAAUUUACGAAUCUUUCUUUUCUCUAGGUGAAAUAAUUCGACUGAAAUGCGAAGAUGCCGAUCUGGCAGAGCAGUACGAAUGGCGAAUCGGAGACGCUGGAGGCGAGAAGGUUUCCAGCACACGGUUUGCCGAAGUGACUGCUUCACGAGCGAAUGACGCCAACAAGUAUCGAUGCGUGGCGCGGAACACUGUCGGCGCUGCACUUUCGCCGUCGUCUAUGGUUAAGUCCAAAUGUAAGCGUUUUUUUUUUCAUUAAUUCCGUCGAUUCAAUUUCGAUUUCCGUCUCUCUCGCUUGUCACAAGUCUGAGUCAUUUGACCUGAUUCGCCGCUCGAUUAGUACUGCUUUCCCUCUCAAAGGGAACGUUGCCCUUUCGCUUGUUUUGAUUUCACAAGUACAACUGAUUAGUAGCGGAUAGCUGACGCAUGUUUGCACACUGCAUUGUUGCUGCAAAAACCAAGACACAGGGGGCGCCGGAAAAUGUCCAAAUUUAGAGGUGUCGGGUUUCGAAGUACGAGGAGUGACCGGCAAGUCGGGUCGGCGACGGCUGUAUAUGUUUCCCAAACACCUCAAAUAUAUAUUUGCUCGAUCAACACGAAUACAUAUAAUAAAGAGCGUAUUGGCUGCAAAAAAAGAGGGCGACUAGGAGGGAGAAGCUAAAAGAUCGGCGCAGUAAUCUACGUGGCUGCGGUUCAAAUGGCUAGACUAACAACACAAGAUGCUGGGCACAUUACGAUCCUGUCAUCGAGUAAUGCGCGCUUCUCAUAAUUUACGACGUCCGUCCGAAGAACAGAUGUGUUCCCCCGCUUUACGAGGCGCCAAUAGAUCUUCGCCGCUGUCAUUAUGUUCUCCUUUGUACCGCGCGGCUCCACUUUUGCGAGUAUGCUCUACACACCUCCUUGAUGAUGAGUUCCCCUUCGGCAGUGUGUGUGUGUGUGCUCCAAAAAGUGUUUAUGGCGGUUUGAAUGGAUCGGCGCGCGGCAGUGCGGGAGAGACCGCCGAGCAAUUUGUUUUGCGCGCGCGCGCAGUGCGAUGGAUCGCCCGGCUCACUUUUCCCCCCCAUAUAAUCAGCUUCUCAUGUUCGAAUUGAGCAAACUGUUGAGAAUGCGCAAACGGCCGGUUGGCGGACAGAAGGGAGAAAACGCGCGGCGGAAAGAAACAGGGAGGGUUGCAUCGCAGGUGGUCGCCAGAGUAGCUGUUCGAGUGACAAUUUACAAUCAGAGAGUCCACAUGUUGGCACUUUGCAGAUCUGGACGACUUCGACGCGAAGGACGAGUCUGUGCAAUACGAGGUCACCACGGGGAUCGGCAGACACUUUGUGCUCCGAAGGCCUUCUCUCCUCGCUUCUCGGAAUCUCGACGUCUCCUAUUCUUGGUUCAAAGAUGACUCGAAUCAGGUAAAGCGUGCUGGUGCUCGGCUGUUUGUUCGAACAGAUUGUCGUCAAGUUUUAUACAAAAACCUUGCUCAACGAGCACUUGAGAAUCUCUGUUUACUCGAAAUGUUGUAGGUCACUCCGGACGCCACGCACUUUGUGACCGCCGAUGGAGACUUCGUGGUGACGGGGGUGCGAAGAGAGGACUUUGGAACGUACAAACUGCUGGCCAGCAGUGAUGAUUUGCGAGAAAUCGUAUCGAAAGAAUACACAGUCAAAGAUAAUGGACUGAGGUCAGUUUGAGAAUCUAGACAUCACGUUCCAAUAAAAAUAAUCAUUUCAGUCCUUCUCUACAAAAUUCCCUGUCGAUAAUCUUCUUUCCGACCGACCGAACCAUCGUUGAAUCCACACUUCCGCACGACGAAGUCUUCGACUGUGUCACCUCGUUCGGCAGCAAAGACGACGUCAAAAUUCGUUGGCAUCUCAAUAAUCAACAAGUCAGUGGAUCAGAAGUCGGCAUGACAACAAGUUUGAACGGACGACGGCUUAUUAUCUCGAACCCGUCUGGAUUCACCCGCGGAGAGCACAAAUUAGAGUGUCGAGUGGAAGCAGCGAUGGGAAGAACUUCGGAUCAAAAGGCGCUUUAUCUGACGUUCGUGAGCCGCCCAGUUCUAAAAGAUCUGCCGGAGGAAGUGCUGAGGACAGUCGGAGCUAAUGUCAGUCUGAAAUGUGCUGUGAAGAGGAAGAGUCCGUCGGAUAUCAAGUGGUACAAGAACGGACUGCUGGUGAGUAGUAAGAGGAUUAUGAGAGAAUGCCCACUGAGUAGUGACCACUUGAGAAUUUUUUUAAUGCGCUCUUCGUAGUGGUCUGAAUUGCGUAAUAUUGGAGUAGGUUAUACAUAUGUUAAGAGGGACGGAUUAGUAGCGAUCAGCAGGGCGUGUGACGUGGCAGCGUGGUGCCAAGUUGUAGUCGAAAUAGUAUUUGGACUGAGGUUUUUCUUGUUCUCGCCCAUCCAAUUAUCUACUUUUCUCCGCACCAUCCUUCAUCCAUCGUCAUCGUUUUCCCACUUUUCGUCGUCUUUGCCGUACUAAUUGUGCUGGAUUACGUACUCGAAGCCAGUUUCCGGAAUUCACGGGACAAGGUCAGACCGAGAUUAUUGUACGAAGAAAUCGAUGACGAUUUUUGUUGUUUGGUUGGGGAGGAAAAGUUGAAUGGAGAAGCAAAAGAGGCAGGGACAAACAAGCACUUGAUGAGACCAUAUGUUAUAAUUAUGCAGGGAAGAAAGAGUGGGCAACACCAGAUUGGGGCCCACUACGACUGAAUUCAAAAUGACCUCUUCAAUUGUAAAGUAAUGACAGGAAGGGGGGGGGGGGAUGACUACCGUAAUCAGUUAUCAACGUAAACUCAAUUUAUCGCUAUUGCCCCUCGGGGUUUGCAGACUCAAGCCUAAUUUCAGGAAAUUUUGGCUUGAGUCUGCAAACACUGAGGGGCAAUAGCGAUAAAUAGAGUAUAUGUGUUCGUUAUAUCCCGGUAAUUACAGAUGAACACUCCGCGUGGUAAAUUGACCAUCGACAGGAUCAGGCAAGAUGACUUUGGACUGUACCAAUGCGAAGCGAGCAACGAAGCGGGCGCCGAUCUGAAGAGUAUCUGGUUGAAAGAAGGGCAGGCGAACGAGACGGUUCUGUUGGGAAUGUCGGAGGAUGGACGAAGUUUGGAAGAAGAGAUCAGCGCGGAGACACCCCCGCCGCGCAAGUUGAAAUUCUUCGACAACUCCAAGAGCCAAGAGCAAUUGUUCCCGUUCACGUCGGAUAUCGACUCCUCCCAACGGCUGACGAAAACUCCGAAGGACGUGACAAUCUCCUCCGGGACCGACAUGGUCACACUGGAAUGCGCAGCAACUGGGAGCCCUCCGCCACGAAUUAUCUGGCUUCUGAAUAGACAUGAAAUUCAGACGGACAGUGUGAAAUACGACGUUAACAGUGAGGGACUCACAAUUCACGACGUGCGGAAGUCGGACGAAGGUGAAUACACGUGUGAAAUCAGUGGAAGUGAUAUAAAAGCAACGGCCAAUUUGCAAGUGAACGGGGAUUCGCUGAUCGAGUACGGACCCGCCGACCAGAAGAGUCUUAUCGGAACGAACGUCGAAUUCUCCUGCGAAGUGGCAAAGGAAUACACGAGAAGAGCGUCUGUCGAGUGGUAUCUAAACGAGGUGCUGCUCCCAGUGAACGGGAACUCCGGGUUGCGAAUUUCGAGAAACAGAAAAGGAAGUCUUAUUAUACGCCAAGUUGGACCAGACAACACGGGAGAAUACAAGUGCCGAGUUACUGUAGAUGGACGAGAGGAGAGCGCCACAGCCAUGUUGCAGAUUAUUGGUGAGAAUUAGCAGACUGAAGACCGAUUGAUAAACGAAUAAAUUUCAGAAAAACCAGCGAUGCCAGAACGAGUGCGUGCAGAACUUCACAACGAAACUAUGCCGGCCAAAGUACGAGUGCGAUGGAAUGAGGGAUUCGACGGAAACGAACCGAUUAUCAAGCACGCGAUUGAGAUUCGCACUAUGGGGCCGACGGGAUUGUGGAGUGAUUGGAGCACGGUCAUCGACAAUAUUCCGAAAGAGGAAGGAAAACCGUGUUGCUGGGCGGACAUCGAGGAUCUUCGACCGUCUUCCACUGCCGAAUUCCGUGUCGUCGCCUCGAAUAAGCACGGUCCCGGAAAGGCUUCCCUUCCAUCGUCUAGUGUCACAAUGCCACAACAGCCGCCGUCGGCUGCACCAAGAAACGUGGCCGCAUCUGCGAGAUCUCCGCACAGUGUGAUGGUGCAGUGGCAGCAGCCGAAAGAAGAACAGGACAGCGGAGACGUUCUCGGAUACGUGGUACGGUAUAGACUCGCCGGAUACAGUUCUCUCUCGUGGAAUGAAAAGAAUCUGACAACCAAAGAUGCGCGAAACACACUGGUCGACGAGCUGAUCACAUGGCGGGAAUACGAGGUCCAGGUGGCUGCGUACAACAAAAGAGGGCUCGGAGUGUUCAGUGAGAGCAUCGAAGUGACGACUGCCGAAGGAAGUGAGUCUUUUCUCUCUUAAUCUCAUCAAUCUGUCUCAUACUUUUUCAGAGCCAACACAAGCUCCAAAAAAUGUUCGUGUGAAGGUUUUGAACUCAACCGCGGUCGCCGUCGAUUUCACAGCCCCAGAGCAACAGAGAAUCCCGGGUGUCAAUUUGGGAUACAAAGUGCAAUUCUGGAAAGGAGAGCCUGAUAAGGGAGAGCUUUUCAAACAAGUUGUCCUUGAUCCAGAUAGAAGACAACUGAGCACUGAGAUCGAUGAGCUCGAGAAGUUCGGACACUACAAUGUUACUGUUUUAUGCUUCACAACACCUGGCGACGGUCCGAAGAGUAAUAUGCUGAAGGUCGUGACUGAAGAAGAUACUCCGGAAGCUGUUGAUGGUUUGAGCAUUGCGGAGGUGAUGUACAACGGAGCAGUCAUCGCGUGGAACGCACCUCUGAAAGAGAAUGGAGUCGUCACAAAGUACACUAUCCGCCAUUGGGCGGCAAGUUCUCCCGAUGUGAAGACUAAGCACGAAGUGGACGGAUCGACGAACAAUUUCACAAUCGACGGACUCCAACCGUCAACGCGCUAUGGAGUUGAUGUGAUGGCGUCGACGAAGAAAGGGGACGGACCAGUCGAAGAGACAAAGUUCGAGAGUGGAGUGCCACCGGAACUGCCAGGAAGGCCGUCGAUGCUCUCGAUCGGUGACAUCAGUGCUACUUCCGUACAGCUGCAUUUCACUCCUGGAUUCGACGGACACACCGCCAUCCGACAAUGGAUUGUCGAAGGAAAAAUGGCCGAUUCGAGUGUCUUCUCUCAUCUGUUCAACGUCAGUGCUCCGAAGGCUCGCAGUGUGGUCGUCACAGGACUCCGACCGUUUACUCAAUAUCAGCUGCGGUUGAUUGCAGAGAACGUGAAAGGAAGAGGUGCUCCGUCGGAAGCGUCACGUCCAUUUGAAACACUCCAAACGAAUCCUGAGACGCCGAGCCACAGAUUGUUCGCAGAGCCCGUAUCCGCCACAUCGAUUUCCGUCUCUUGGACUCCUCUUCUCGCAACGCAUUGGAAUGGACAACCAAAAGGAUAUCUGAUUGUGUACAGGGAACUUGACGAAGAGAACUGGGUAAGCGAAAAGAAGUUCAGCUUUCUCUUAUGACUGUUUCCUUUCAGAGAGAAGUGAGGACACCUGCCCUGCGAUCGAGCGAGCACACAAUCACAGAUCUCCGUCCGUUCACUACGUACGAAGUGAACGUUUUCUCGGAGAAUGGAUUCGGAAGAAGUCUGCCGACUGAUGCUGUCAAGGCUAGAACCUAUGAAAGUGUUCCUUCUGGAUCACCAAGAAGCAUCAUCGCUACCGCUGAAGGCUCGAAAGCAGUCAUCAUAAAGUGGGAUCCAGUGGCCGAGUUGUCGACAAACGGCGACGUCAUCGGAUAUAAAGUACGAGUGGUGCCAGAAAGGGAGUCAUUGGUGGCCGAUGAGACUCGCGAAGCAGACGUCCCAGGACAGGCGACAUUGAUGACGAAGAUCACGAAUCUCCGUCCUUUCACCAGCUACCACGUCUACGUGUCAGCCUAUACAAUUGUUGGACAUGGACCGGAGAACUCGGCACCUGUUACUUUUGAAACGUUGGAAGAUGUUCCUGCUCCGCCCGAAUCUUUCCAGUGCUCUUUCAUAAGUGAACAGGAGAUUCGAAUGAAAUGGCUCCCUCCAGGAUCGCCAAACGGAAAAAUCACGGUGAGAGAAUGUUUCAGAUCUGUUGCUUUAAUUCAAUUUUCUUUGCAGAACUACAUUAUUUCGUACUGGAAGUCGCACGAACCCCGAACGAUGGCCAUUGAUGCGCCGCUCCUCGGAAAUCUGCUCAUGUUCGCUGCAAUGAGUUUGAAUCCGAACACCGAAUACACGUUUGCCAUAAAAGCGAGAAACAGCAAAGGAGAAAGCGAAGAAGCAGUUGCCGAAGUGAUGACGUCAUCGUUGCGGCUGCCAGUUAGGAAUGCACCGUCGCCUGUCCGAGAUCCGCAAUCACAACACUUGGCAACGGAAAUAGCUAUCCGAUGGGAUGAGUCUCUUCCGAGAAAACUGACCGAUGAUGCCGAAAGUCCAGUCCGAGCUGUGCAAGUAUCCUAUCAGAAGACGAACGAGGACGAGUGGCAGACGUUGGAGAAGAAGUUCGAUUAUUCGAAACGUCGUGCUGUCAUCAAGCAUCUGUCUCCCAAUUCAAUGUUCCGAUUCCGUAUCCGCUUUAUUGGCGACUUCCUCGAGUCGUCGUGGUCUCCAGAAUCCGAAUGGAUGCGAACUCUUCCGGCUGCUCCACUGGCGCAACCAAUUGCUCUGAAAGCAACUCCGUACGAAAAGAACAGCGUUCUUCUAGAAUGGACUGUUCCUCAUAAAUCAACGUGGAACAGUGACGUCAUCGGAUACCGUAUCCAUUACCGCGAAUAUCCAUCCAAUGAAACCUGGCAAAUGGAGGAGAUUGCGAUCAGUGCAGACCAUGGAGACACCGAAGAGAAGGUGCUAGCCAAGCUUGACAGUUUCCGCCAUUACAUUCUACGUAUGCGGCUUUUCAAUUCCGAAGGAGAAGGUCCGUUUUCUGCUCCAGUCUUUGCCUACGUGGGCUAUUCGAUUCCGAAGCGAAACGUGACUAACAUCAUGACCGAACCUCUGUCGUCCUCUUCGAUCAGAGCCAAGUGGGAUGCGUGGCAGAAAGAAGACAGCGAAACGAUCACAUCCUUCAAGGUUCGUUAUGUGCCGGUCGCUUCAGUUCUCUCGGCCGUCAGCAGCGAGGAAGAAGUGAUGAUCGUGGAUACGAACGAGUGUAUUCUCAACGAUCUCCGCAAGUUCACCGAGUACCAGAUCUCCAUUUCCCCGUACAAUCGUGCUGGCGAAGGAAAGAUGUCUCAAGUUCGGCAGAAGACGCUUGAAGACAAGCCAGGACCAGUCGGAGUGCUCCGAUUCAGUGAUGUUCUCAUGGAUUCGGCCAAAGUGUCGUGGGAUGAACCGGCACAACCUAAUGGAAUCGUGACUGGAUACAUUGUAAAUUACAAAGGAUACCGUAUGCAGGAAGAGUUCAAGAACGAAGAUCAGCAGCGGACUAGCCGGAACUACUUUGAUGCUCACGGACUGGCCGAAGGAGUUACCUACUACUUCAGUAUCUGGGCGGAAACCGCCGCUGGAAAGGGAGAGCCGAGGUCAGCUAAUGUGACAAUUGGCCCGAGCAGAGACGGACCAGCGCCUCCGACGAAACCACAAAUCACUUCUGGACAAAGUUCGGUUACGUUGACGUGGAACGAUGUGGCAAAUUCGGAUGAAAUUGUCGGACAUCUCAUUCAAGCGAAGAGAGUGGCAGUGGCAGAGGAAACUGAGAACGGAUACGUAUCCCAACGGCCCCGAAGAGAAGAGAUCAAAGGAGUGAAGAGUGAUGCUCAGACCGCCGCGGCAUCUUCCUCGAGUCGGCCGACACAUCCGAUAGGAGAGUGGAUCACAUUGCGGCCGACAGACGGAAGAAGCGAGAAGGAGCAUGUCUCGUACAGGGAACUACAGCCAUCUAGCUUCUACGUCUUCAGAGUAUUCACCAGGAAUGUCAAAGGUAUCAUUCUAACUCUUUCAGAUUCAUGGCCAACCAUUUAUUGCAGGUGUUGGACUGGCUAGCCCUGAAACGGAGCAGCUGUUCGUUCCCGAGUCGAUUCCUGAUGAUCCGUUCUACACGACAUGGUGGUUCAUGGCUCUCGUUGCAAUGGGUGCAUUCGUUCUCAUCGUCAUCAUCGUUGCCAUCCUCUGUGUCACCGGAAGUUCUGCCAAGUACCGACGGGAGAAGCGGUCCCGGUCGAUCGACAGUCUCCAACUGGCCGACGGGAACUUCGCAUCAUUUCAACUGAAGGGAACUUCAGCCGCGAACAUGACACGUAGUCGGGAGCUUCCCACCCGUCCGGGUACCACACAGUCCUGGCUUUCUGAUCAUUCCCGCGAACCACCAACCUACGGAAGUGUGCUUGGCGACGGACGCAACAGUGCUGGAGUGAUGAACAUGUACGGACUCGCGACAGAUGUAAUUCCGCCCCUUCCGAACUCUGGCCCACCUCAUUCAAGCGUCGAGGCAAUGCAGAAAUUGAGUGCUCUCGUGGGAAGGGACAUUCGAAGUCAGAACACUGCCUAUGUCACUUCAUCCGUCAGAGGAUCUGAUGGCGAACGAAAUGAGUACAUGCCGACGAGAUCCGAUCUGUAUGGAACAAGAUCGGAAUACGGACGAGUUGAGUACGUUGGACACAUUCCGUCUUCAUCUGCCGGAUCACAGCAACAGAAUCCGGAGAGCCCUCAACAAGCACCAGAAGCGUACGAUUCGUUCGACGAAGAAGAAGACGUGGAAAGUGUCGAUGAUACCGUGAUCCGAGGCGAUCGGACCGACGGACCAGAGGACAUUGCGAGGCAUUACGGUUCGACUGACCAGUACAGAGAUACGUGGCGAAAAGUCAGAGAUACUGAUAUGGUCAGAGGUUAGUUUCCCCAGUUUCUCCGCUCUUUUCGUAAUGACUGCAUUUCAGCGCCGAUUCUGACUGGUCAGCCGAGCAGUGCCGCUGGUCGAUCUUCGACAACGGAAAGCACGAGCGAGGGUCCGUGGGCGAACAUUCCGGCCACUCCGAGUCUCACCACGGGAUUCUCCAGCUUCGUCUAG